AUGACGUCGGAGCGUUCUCGAAUCCCGUGUCUCUCGGCUGCUGCUGCCGAAGGAACAGGGAAAAAGCAACAAGAAGGAAGAGCAAUGGCGACACUGGAUCGCAAAGUGCCCAGUCCGGAGGCGUUUCUGGGCAAACCCUGGUCCUCCUGGAUCGACGCCGCCAAAUUACACUGCUCCGACAAUGUAGAUUUAGAAGAGGCUGGAAAAGAGGGUGGAAAAAGCAGGGAGGUUAUGAGGCUUAAUAAAGAAGAUAUGCACUUGUUUGGCCACUACCCAGCACACGACGACUUCUACCUCGUGGUGUGCAGUGCCUGUAACCAGGUCGUCAAGCCGCAGGUCUUCCAGUCCCACUGCGAGAGAAGACACGGUUCAAUGUGUAGACCUUCUCCCUCUCCGGCGUCUCCACCCUCCAAUGCCCGGACGUCACUAGUACAGGUGAAAACAAAAGCCUGUCUCAGCGGCCAUACCUCUGCCAGCAGCUCCUCAAAGCCAUUCAAAACGCCCAAAGACAAUCUCCUAACCUCCAGCAGCAAACAGCACACAAUCUUUUCAGCUAAGGGAUCAAGGGACAAAGCAUGUGUUCCGGUUCCCGUAGUCAGUUUAGAGAAAAUUCCUAACCUAGUGAAGGCAGAUGGUGCCAAUGUCAAAAUGAACUCUGCAACCACUACUGCGGUCACUUUCUGCUCCACCUCAUCCUCUGCCGUCUCCACCCCACCUGUAAUUAAGCCGGUCUUGAUGUCCAAGUCAGUGCCACCUUCCCCAGAGAAGAUCUUAAAUGGCAAAGGAAUUCUGUCUGCCACCAUAGACAAGAAACACCAAAAUGGCACCAAAAACAACAACAAGCCUUACAGGAGACUUUCAGAGAGAGAAUUUGACCCAAAUAAACACUGUGGAGUAUUGGAUCCCGAGACAAAGAAACCUUGCACAAGAUCCCUCACCUGCAAGACUCAUUCACUAAGCCAUCGGAGGGCAGUCCCAGGCCGGAAAAAGCAGUUUGACCUCCUUCUGGCGGAACACAAAGCCAAGUCCCGGGAAAAAGAAGUUAAAGAUAAAGAGCAUCUCCUGACUUCUGCAAGGGAAGUACUUCCAAACCCAUCCGGGCCAGCGCAGGACUCGCUGCCGGGAUCUUCAGGGAGCUUGGGCCCAGAACCUAAAGUCGCGUCCCCUGCAAAAUCCAGGCCACCUAACUCUGUGCUUCCUAGACCAUCAUCUGCAAAUAGCAUAAGCAGCAGCACGUCUUCAAAUCACAGUGGCUACACUCCGGAACCCCCUCUACCCCCAGUUGGAGGUGACCUCGCCAGCCGACUGUCAAGUGAUGAAGGGGAGAUGGACGGAGCCGACGAAUCCGAGAAGUUAUUAGACUGUCAUUUCUCCACCCACCACCCCAGACCUCUUGCGUUUUGCUCAUUCGGGAGUCGCCUCAUGGGACGAGGGUACUAUGUGUUUGAUAGAAGAUGGGACCGUUUUCGAUUCGCACUAAACUCCAUGGUAGAAAAACACUUGAAUUCACAGAUGUGGAAGCACAGAAACCCGAGCCACAGGGCAUCAGGUCCCUCCCCCCUUUUCAGGACUUGCCUAACCAAUCUGCUGUCACUGAGCAACAUUGGGGCUGCCUGGGUGUCAACUCUGCAGAGCGUAGCACCCCGCUGCCCUCUCAACCUCACUGCCCAAACCCCAGGCCCCGACGGGCCCGAACCUGGAGGGAUGGCAGCCGAUGGGGGCGUGGAAGACAUUAGGAAGAAAAGGAACGGCCAAGACUCUUUUUUCUUUAACAAGCAUUUAACUCUGCAUCAGGAGACGCCAACACAGUAUUCUCUUUCAGCCAGGAAGAUCCCUCCUGCGGCAGAUAGCCCCAUGCCCUCGCCAGCAGCCCACAUCACCACCCCUGUUCCAGCCUCCGUUUUACAGCCCUUCAGCAGCCCCAGUGCUGUGUAUCUUCCUUCAGCUCCCAUCAGCUCGAGACUCACCUCUUCUUACAUAAUGACAUCAGCCAUGCUCCCCAACGCAGCUUUUGUGACAUCGCCGGACCCGAGCGCCCUCAUGUCACACACCACAGCUUUCCCUCAUGUGGCCGCAACCCUCAGCAUCAUGGACUCAACCUUCAAGGCCCCAUCCGCCGUGUCCCCGAUACCAGCUGUCAUCCCUUCCCCAUCCCACAAGCCAUCCAAAACCAAAACCAGCAAAUCCUCAAAAGUCAAAGACCUGUCCGCCCGUAGCGACGAGUCUCCAAGUAACAAAAAGAGGAAGCCGCCGUCUUCGACUUCCCCCUCUCCCUCCGUCUCCCUGCAGACAUCCCUCUCGUCCCCGUUAUCAGGGCCCCACAAAAAGAACUGUGUUUUGAAUGCCAGUUCAGCUUUGAACUCCUAUCAGGCAGCCCCUCCCUACAACAGUCUGUCUGUGCACAACUCAAACAACGGGGUGAGCCCACUCAGUGCCAGACUGGAGCCCUCAGGACGGACCUCGCUGCCCGGCGGCCCUACGGACCUAGUGAGACACAUGGGCUCGGGGGGCAGCAGCAGUGACUCCUGUCCCCUCUCUGUGCCCUCCCUUGCAGGGGACCUCUCUCUGGCCUCACACAAUGCCGUGUCUUCUCUGCCCCUCUCUUUUGACAAAUCAGAAGGAAAAAAGCGUAAGAACUCAAGUUCUAGUAGCAAAGCCUGUAAAAUCACUAAAAUGCCUGGAAUGAAUAGCGUUCACAGAAAGAACCCACCCAGCCUUCUUGCACCGGUGCCCGAUCCCGUUAACAGCACCUCCUCUCGGCAGGUUGGGAAAAAUAGCAGCCUAGCUUUGUCACAAUCCAGUCCUUCAAGCAUAUCCAGCCCAGGACACAGCCGACAGAAGACCACAAACAGAACGGGCAGGAUAAGGACUCUUCCAUAACAAGACUAUGAAGCCACUUCCAAACCAAUGCCUGGCCACGGGACCUCACCCCAGGAGGCCAAGGCCAGGGGAGGGAGGGGAGUGGGCAGUGGGGAAGAGUCUGUUUCCUGUGCCCUGCCUGUGGCUCUGGCCUUUCUUCUUCUUUUUUUUAAUUGACCAAUUUUUAGUUUUGAGGAAAAAGAAAAAGGCAAAAAGAACGUGAAGUUGAGAUUUACAGAAAACAGUACCAGUGUUUUGUUUCCGUUCUUUAACUUGCCACGUGUAUACCUUCUUCCAAGUUUGGGGUCCCUCCUCUAGCUUCUGAUGCUGCCACUGCAUCAUGUUGCUCCGGCCACAAGAGCAGACGUUGUAGAAUGUCCGUUCCUGUUUGGCGUCGUCUGGAACUCUUGAACUUGAGCAUGUGCGGUGCUCCUUUCCUUGCCCUCUCCCAUCCUUCCCUUCAUCCCCUCCUACCUGCCACUCUCUGGGUCCCCACCGACCAUCAGAGGUACGGGCUCUCAAAAGCUCCCUCUAGACAGCGUGCUGCAUGGCGGCGGGGGGGGGGGGGCGGUUACCGGGGAGCAGCCCGUGUUUGGGG